UCGACUGGUUUGUGUUUGGGAAGCGGGCAUCAAAGCCAGCGGUCUGAAACUUUAUCGUCCUGGGGGCCUCCACUUGUUCGGACAUCUUGGUGCGUGAGUGCUUGGGCGAGACUGGGGCAGGAAAUAGCCGGGCAAUUGUAUCCGGAACCGAGUCAAGUGCAACAAAUGACAGACCUUCCGCCCAGGUUGGCCGCGUUACGCAGGACGAAUUUGUGGGCCGCUCUUUCCCACUUUCUCAACGUGUUCCAGCCUGCAAUCAACCUGCCACAAUGUUCCAUCUCUGACGUCGAGGAAGACCUUCUAGGAUCGGGCACGAUUAUCCUUCCGAAGCUUAUCCAUAGAUUACUAUACAUACUGACCUACGACCGAAAGAUAAGCGCCGAGAAUUUUGCUACGUAUCUACGGAGGCAGUAUGCCAAGAGGAUAUUUGAUAAACCGAAUCUGCUCGGUUCUGAGGACGAACCCCUCGCAUGGCAGGACCUUGAUAUGAUGGCCAAGCUUGAGAUGAUUUUCAACCUUUGCGAAUGGCAAUUUUCUGGUUUGGGUCGUUUGAGAACCAUGAUGGGUGAUGCUGACGAAAUUUCAUGGCGACUAGAACCAAUUGGUUCGGAUGCCAAGCGCAACAUAUAUUGGUUUAUUGGGCCAGACCGUCUCUGGGCUGCCAAGAUUGCAGAAGACGCUAAAUUGAAGAACAGAGAGAGGGACGCAAAGUCACGCACAUCUUCUCUUCGGGAUGGCGGUGUCGCAUUAAGCAAAGGCAGUAAGGCUAAUACUCGUGCCCUGGAAAGUCGCGCUACACGAUCUAAAACCGCUGUCUCCGUUGCUUCUGCCUCUGCUACCCCCGCCACCCGCACACGGAGUGGUGGACGUUCCACAAAACAAAUGACGUCACUUCACUCUAACGGACGGACCACGCGGGGCAGCAAGCGCCUCGCGCCCACCGAAUCCGACGAAGAAAGCGACGCCAAACCUUCCACAUCGAUGAUGGUGGCAACUAAACGUCAAAGGACCACCCGCCGUUCGCGCCUUGCUGAGGAGGAUGGAGAAUGGCAGGAAGUGCCUGAAGAAUGGCUCCAUCCUGACCCAUCGUCGUCACAGAUGAGGACGAGUUCCAGGUCUAGCCGGUCGUCUCGCACCAGUUCGAGGGGCGGCUCCGUGCUACCGAAAAGCGUAGAAGCAAAGGUAUUUGGCGACGAUGGGUCUGACCUUACCGAGUUGAGCGAUGAUGGAAUGGAUGUGGAGGUUACGCUUGACGUGCCGUCAGAGAGCAGCAACCGUCGAAACGAGGGUGACAAGGACAGCGACUUUGCUGAAGACCCCAGUGUUGAUGAACCAGUGGAGCAGGCUCAGGAAGUUGACGAUGAGGACGAGGACGAGGAAGAAAGCAAUGGUGAAAAGGUCGGAUUACCGAACGGGCCCGAAGAGCGGAUUGAAUGGGAAACGGUUUGUGCCACGCUUUCCGAAUGGGAGACAUUCCCCCGUCGGUUUCAAGGCUCAACCAACGUGAAGGAGAAAGCCCUUUUCAAAAUCUUGAUGCCUAUAUCCGAGGACGUUAUCGCUCGUCUUACCGAGGCUGAGCGUCAGUUGCAACAAGUUCUCGCUGUGCAAACAAGAAAGCGCUCCACCCGCCUCGUCAAGCUUGAAGAGGAGAAACUAGCGCAAGUGGCUGAGAAGAAAAAGAAGGCAGAGGAGGCAGAGGCACACUCGAGAGAAAAUCGGCAGGCCAAGCGCGAGCAAAUGCGUAUCCAAGCAGAGAUGGACCGCGAGCAACGGGUCAGAGAACGAGAGGAACGGCUUAGACAAAAGGAGCAAAAAGAGCUUGAAGAGACCUUGGAGGCGAACAAGGAGGCAUCAGGACCAGGGAAAGAAGAUGAUGUUGAUGUCGUGGGCAUGAAUAACGAGCAUCUUGCGAAUGGGAAGCGUGCUACUGUAUCGAAGCCUGCGGCCAAGAAACCACGACGGAAUGCAACAACGUCUCGGAAAAGGAAUGACUGGGAGCUCGAUUGUGAAGUGUGCGGAGCGAAAGGCCUCAAUGUCGAUGAUGGUCGUGAAGUUGCAUGCUGUGAAAAGUGCGGUCGGUGGCAACAUGUCGAUUGCCAUGAUCAAGAAGACGAGAAGGCGGGGAGACCUAAGAGGAACUGGAACGUCGUGGACUUCUUCUGCAAAGAUUGUGCCAGAAGCCUUCCACCUGGGAGUAUGACGAGCGCAGGACGCAAGCCGAAGGAGAGCAGGACUACUCGUCCCAGGAGCGGGGCGGCACACUCGAUACCUGCGACACCUACUUUGCCACCCUUCCCAUCUGGCUAUGAUGCAUACUGGGCACAGCACUCCCGAUAUGGCUCGAACUCUGCCUUCGGAUCGUCAGCUUAUUCCCGUCCACAUCCCAACCUCCCAUAUUAUCAAGGCACGUUUUCUUCUACCGUUGUUCUACCCUCUCGGGGCUCAGUUGCACCGGGGGUCCCUAUACCUUAUCAAGGUUUUCCUGUAUCAACCGGUCCGGAUGGUCGACUUCCUCACUCUGUUCACUUGGCCCCGCAUGGCCCAACUCAGGCAAUGUCAUCGAAUUUUGGGGUACCACAGAAUCCCUCCUAUGCCCCUUCUGGGAAUGCUGGGAAUGCCAUAAAUAGCUCGUACCGGCCGAUUGUCCAGCCCAACCAUGCGACCCAGAUACCGCAGGCACAGGCGCGAUGGGACUCAAGGACGUCAUCUUGGUCGUCUCCAGAGACGGGCCAAAACGCUCAGCCCCCUUCCCUUCCAGCUCCAAAUGGGAGACCAGCCUCAUCUUCUGUCCCGCUCGCACAACCUACGGGCGCUAUACCUCGUCUCCCCUUCCAGCAUCCGGGCAAUGGUCUACAGCCUCGCCUCCCGCCACUUGACCCGCGAAUGGGCACAAUACCACAAUCUCCUUAUGUCAACAGUGCUCAGAGCUACCAACCAUCGUGGCCGAAGCCUGCUAACGGUCCCCCCUCUGCAAGUCAAUCACCUUAUUCAGCUGCCAAGCACUCCCCCCACUCCCCCGGAGGGACAAGCCCGUACGCAACUCCGGGCGGCUUAGCAAAAGGGGUAUACAAACCCGUCUCGUACCCAACGUCACAAACACCUUCUAGUCAGCCCCGUGCCCAUGUUCCAAAUGGUACCGGAAAUCUGAUAUCAUACCCAUCUCCAAUCCCAUCAUACGUGCGACCUGCCUCGAGCGCCUCGGCGCACCCAAGUUCUCCCACACGAAGCAUGUCGCCACCAGUUGGUCAAGUAGGCCCUAAUUCCUCACCAGUUCCACACUCACCAUCGCUCUCCCCACCCACCAUAAUGAACGGCAUGACUCUACACCAACAGGCGCAAGUGUUGCUUACUGUGUCACAAGCGCCGCCUCCGCCUCCCGUCCCUUCCAAUCACCCGCACUCCUGAAUCAUGUUAGAGCACCAGCCCCAUUUUGCUUCCACUGAUUUUUAUUGCCCAGGAGUAAUUCUUACAUUAUUUGCUGUAUUGUACCAUACAUUCGGCUGGGCUACAUAAUGCUGAUAGCUUGUCCCUCACCUAAUGGCAGUCUAUACCAACGUUGCGACAGACGUCAUCGUAUCAUCUCAUACAUCUUGAAUGCUAGUGAGGUGAAUGGCAAGAG